UCUUCGGUAUUUUACAUAGUUAAGCUUGCGCUCUUAAUAUUGCAUAGAAAAAAAAAACUAUGAGUCAGUCUCUUCCCAGUUAACUAAGCAACAUCGAAGUACCUAUGAGUGACUCCAAUAACGCCAAUACUGGCGGUAAUAGUGAUAGUAAUCAACGGCCAAGGCAACCAAAACCUAAAAGACCAAGUAAUAACCGAAAAAGGGGUCCAGUUAGAGGUCCUAAGUCUCGAUCAAGUACUCCAGUCUACGAACCAACUAAAGAUCCAAAGUUUUUACAAGUUUCAAAGCUUGUAAGAACAUUCAAGCCUAUAACAAUCAAUGGAGUACCGACAAAGAAAAUCAUUGAAAAUAUUAAGAAGAAAGAAGAAGAUGAACCUGAAUAUUUUAAGAGUCAAUAUAAGAAUAGUGCCAGAUUGUCAAACUUACAGAAGCACUUUUUAGAAUUCAUUAAGAAUAAUGCAGAUUCUGUAUUAUAUUUAUCAUUCAUAAUUAAACCAUCUGACCCAGAUUUCCCAUUUGAUUUAGAUCGUUUAAAAAUUAAUCUUAGUAUACCUGCAAAAUAUCCUCAAGAGAGACCUUCAAUAGUCGUUUUAAAUGAAGAAAUACCUCGUGGAUUUGCUGUAAAUAUUGAAAUUGGAUUUAGAAGAAUAGUUAAUUUAGCUCAAAAUUUGAUAGAAAAAGAUGAAGAAAUUGAAUUAGUUUCAGGUCUGGGAUUAUUAUCAAUUAUUUUAACUUUAGAUAAGUAUCUUGAACUCUUUUUAAAGCAAGAGAAGAAGGAUACCAUUAAAUUUGUUAAAAAUAUCAAGAAAAAAGUGGCAGCCCCAUCACCAGAACCGACAUUAAAUCAUCAACCAAGUCCGGAGAAGAAAGAACAUAAACAAAAUAAAGUGGAACCUAAAAACAAUAAUAAUAUUGAUCCAAAAGUUAUUGAAGCUAGAGAUGAAUUGGUAGAAGAAUUAAUUAAUAAGUUAGGUAAAGAUAAUACCAAAUUAUUUAAGAGGAAUAAACAAGAGAGUCAAUAUAAAAUCACCUUGCCGAUUUUAAGUCAUCAAGCAGAAUCAAUCCCCAAUUUAUGGAAAUUAAAUCAGGGAUUAGAUAUCAUGAUUAAGAUUCCAAUUGAUUAUCCACAAUCUCCAUCAAAUAUCAAUAUAGCUAAUAAUUUCAAUACUAACUUAAUUCUUAAGUAUGAAGCCAAUAAGGAAACUUCUAAAGAUCAGAAAACCAUAUUUGAAAUUACAAAGAGUUAUAAGCAAAUUGAACGUAAUUUUAGUCAAAAUGUAUCUCAGUUUUUUACUGAUGUUAUUUCAAAAAAUAAUAAUGAAUUAUUAACAACGGUAAAUUGGAUAACAAAUUAUAUGGGACAAUUCUGCUUAGAUAAUUCAGAUUUUAAUGUUUGGAAACAUAAUUUUACAACUCUUCGUCAACAGGUUUAGGGCUUAGUAAAUUGUUCUCGUAAAUGUAUGUAUGACAAUGUAUACAAUGGCGUAAAGUAUUGCAGUGCGGAUGUUAGUGCCCCAGGGGGUUAGGUCCUCCAUCAGGAAAAAAUACCAAACCCAAGCAAGAAACCACCUUAAGG